GACAGCGGCAGCAGCAGUGGGGCCGGGCAGGGUUCCCGCACACGCCCCGGGAGCCGGCACGCAGGCGGGGCAGUGGCCGCCGCUGGAGGAGCUGCCUAUAUGUGCUGUACACACCCAGUCAGGAUCUGGGAUAUAACAGACUGCAAGAAGUGGAGAAACUGCAAUUUUGAUAUUCUAAUCUAAUUCAAAAUUAUUUUGGCACUGGGAGGAUGAAUAUUCUCCUUUUGGAGUCAUUAUAUAUCAGAAUUAUCUAAGGCUUUGUAAAACUGUUGCCCAACAGGAGAAUAUGGAGACACAGCUAGACCCCAUGAAGGAUGACUUGCCACUAAUGGCAAACACUAGCUACAUGCUUGUAAAGCACUAUGUAUUGGACUUGGAUGUGGAUUUUAAAAGUAAAAUUAUUGAAGGCAGCAUAGUUUUGUUCUUUGAGACUGGGAGCCAGUACAAGAAAACCAACAGUGCUGGCGAGGAAUCCUGCCAGUCACAGUUUGAUGAAACCUCUAAAAUGAGGACAUCUGAACCCUGCUACAUUCCUAUCAUAAAUGUGAGUACCUGUUCAUCUAAAACGGAAUGUAAUGAUUUUGCUGUCAGUGGUAAAGAAGAGGAAGCUACUUCUGAUGAAAAUAGUAGCCAUAGCAACAAUGAACAGGAUUCUGGGAUUUCUAGUUCAAAGGACUGCUGUGACAUAGAGAAUCAUGGAAACAAGGAUUUUCUGCUGGUAUUGGACUGCUGUGAUUUAUCUGUGCUAAAGGUUGAAGAGGUAGAUGUUGCUGCUGUGUCAGGCAUUGAAAAAUUUACAAGGUCUGCCAAGCUAACUGGUGUUUCAAAGGAGCUGGAAAAUCUCAGGAAUCAGAUUGUACAUGAACUUUUGACUUUACCUGCAGAUCGCUGGAAGGAACAGCUAUAUUAUUUUACUCACUGUAGCCAGGCACCUGGCUGUGGAGAGCUUCUGUUUAGUACUGGCACCUGGAGCUUGGAGAUAAGGAAAUCAGGAAUUCAGACUCCAGCAGACUUUCCUCAUGCAAUUAGAAUAUGGUACAAAACCAAACCAGAGGGAAGAUCUGUUACAUGGACCACAGAUCAGAGUGGCAGGCCAUGUGUUUAUACAAUGGGCUCACCAAUAAACAACAGAGCCCUCUUCCCGUGCCAAGAGCCACCCAUUGCCUUGUCAACGUGGCAAGCCUCAGUCCGAACAGCUGCAGGCUUUAUUGUGUUAAUGAGUGGUGAAAACUCAGCAGAACCAGUCCAGCUUCAAGAAGGUGUCUUGAGCUGGUACUACUAUGUGACUAUGCCAAUGCCAGCAUCCACCUUCACUAUUGCUGUGGGGUGCUGGCAGGAGGUUAAACAGGAAGUUAAACAGCAGUCCUUCAAGCAAAGAGCUGCAGUUGAAACAAACACUGAGUGUUCCUUGCCAUCAUCCCAAACUGAUUUCAGAUGGCAUGAAGAAGUCUGUGGUCAUGUGGACUAUCCCUGCCGUUUCCAAGAUCCUGCUGCCAGAUUGCAGGCAGUCAUUUCUUACAGAGUCUUUGCUCCCUGGUGCCUUAUGGAAAGCUGCGAAGAAUAUUUGCUUCAUCUAAUUCCUCAGUGCCUCUCAGCUGCUUAUACCACACUGGGUACCCACCCCUUUUCCAGGCUUGAUGUUCUGAUAGUUCCUUCCAACUUUUCCAGCCUGGGAAUGGCUAGCCCUCACAUCAUCUUUCUGUCACAAAGUGUGCUGCCAGGAGGAAGCCAUCUCUGUGGAACACGUCUGUGCCACGAAAUUGCUCAUGCUUGGUUUGGACUUGCCAUUGGUGCUCGUGAUUGGACAGAAGAGUGGAUAAGUGAAGGGUUUGCCACUUUUUUAGAAGAUAUAUUUUGGGCUAGGGCACAACAGCAGCUGUCACAUGAUGAAAUAAAAGGGCAACAGGAAUUGAAAGCUUUACUUCGCUGGCGCCGACUUAGAGAUGAGGUGCAGAACUCUGAAGAAGAGCUGCAAGUUUUAAGACCCAAGAAGGAGAGCACAGGAGAAUUAAGUGAGUCUGGCGCUUCUAUUGUCAAAUAUGGCCUUAAAGCAGAAAAAAUCUUCAUGCAGGUUCACUAUUUGAAGGGUUAUUUUCUUUUACGAUCUCUGGCAAGGACAAUAGGAGAGGUCUCAUACCUUGCAUCUUUACGGAAAUUUGUCAUUAAGUUCCAUGGGCAGCUUGUCCUUUCUCAGGAUUUUCUUAGCAUGCUAUUGGAAGACAUUCCUGAACAAAAAGGGUCUGGGUUAACUGUAGAAAGUAUCUUCCAGAACUGGCUUGAUACUUCUGGAAUACCAAAGCCUCUGCUGGAGGAGGGAGAGACGUGGAAGGAGUGUCAGCUCGUCCAGCAAGUGAGCGGCGAGGUCACCAAAUGGAUUCAGACAAACCGGAGAAUAAGAAAAAGUGGCAAAAAGAAAAUGAAGCAGAAUGAAGUUGUUUUCCUGCAGGACAUUGUCAGGAAGAAAGAGAGGGGUGCUUUCAUCAGAGAAAUGCAGCCCUUGGAAAGCUUUUGGCAGUACCUGAAACACUAUUUUCAGAUACUGCUUCUCCCUGACCAGCUGGUCUUACUUCUGGAGUGCCUCUUGGAGGAGAAGACAUUGUGUCCUAGGAUACUGCAAUGCUUGGAGAGAACGUAUCAGCUCCAGGAGCAAGAUGCUGAGGUUCGUCAUCGGUGGUGUGAACUUGUCAUUAAACACAAAUAUGAGCCUGGGUAUGGAGACAUUGAGAGAUUCCUCAGAGACAAUCAGGCUAUGGGUGUGUAUCUCUAUGGUGAAUUAAUGGUGAAUGAAGAUGCAAAACAACAAGAACUUGCACGGAAAUGCUUUGCUGCAGCACAAGAACAUAUGGAUGCAUCCUCAGCCAAAGUGGUGGCAGAAAUGUUAUUCUGAAAAGUGGCUAAGUUCUGCGCCUGAAGAGAAGGGAGAGGAGACUCUUUGCAGGACAGAGAGCAUUUGCUGGCUGAGAUCCCUUGCUGCUUGAAUGGGCAGAUUUUUGUGAUGAAUGCAUGUGUCCAAGGUUCAGUGUAUGGAGGAUACGAGGCAGACGCAACCUGGGAAGGACCAACGAUUUUAGUAUUAGCUAAGGAUAAAUAGUGGUCCUUAAGUUCUCUAGUCUGAUUGCAAAUGUAAGGCAUUGCUACAGUAAUUUGGUUACCGUGCUUUUCUAAAGGUCAGAGGAAAUAAUGUUUGUGACUUUAACCUGAAAUUGUCAAUAAAGCUUUUGUUUUAUAGUCUUCUGUUUAAUAGAUGUGGUCAUGAUCUCUCUGCAGUUUUAGCUUAGCACUGUGUGUCGUUUGCAGGAAAUGGUGGCAGCUCCAGUCGGAAACAACUUACAGCUGCUGCUGUUGUUCCAGGCUGUUGAUGGACCCGUCCUCCGGUGCCUACUGAGCUGAUAUCAGUUCUGAUUUUACACACUGGCUCAGUUCAGCAGGAACAGGAGUCGAGCCCUAGAGCAAAAAAAAAGAUGUACCUUUCCUAAGAGUCUUUCAGAAAUGUUGCUGUUCUCUCUCAAAAAAUGAAUCAGUAUACACUAUAGUAUCCUGAUGUUAGACACUAAAUGGCCUAAGCUGGAAAAGCUACCUCAGUACUGUUGGCUAAAGAUGAGAAGGUAUGUGAAUAUGUAGCCCAUUGCACAGUAUUGCUCUGCAUUAUUUUCAGAGUAACCUGCUAAUAACCAAGACAGUUAGUGCUCCCAGGAUCCUCCCUGCUUUCUCCAGACCUUGUUGUGGUAGCUCUAGGAAAGUAAAGAGAUCACUGUUAACUCUGGUAAAUACAGUUACACUCUACUGGUUACCUAAAAAAUAACUCAAUUUGGAAAAUUGGGGAAAUCAAGAAUGCACGCAUACGUAUUUCUUCAUUGUGACAGAGUAAUAACUUUAAAUGCUGUUUCCAUUGCAGGAAAGAUCACAGACAACUCUUUUAAUAGAUCUUCUACUAAACCCCGAUGGUACUAGGAUUUCAUUGACCCAGGACAUCAAAGGAAGGAUUAUGUGACUGCUAAAACAAUCAGCUGACAGAAAUAUUUACCUUUCUGUAUUUCUAGAGGCUCACUGUAACUGAGAACACAUGCACACAAAACAAACUACACACACACACAUACACACGUUACUCUGGGUUUAGGUAACUCUUUUAUACAAAAAUUUUGGUAUUUAUCGUUGCACUUUGGUAAUACAAUCAUUCUGGUUUGCAGAUGCCAAAGAGUCUUGAUUUGAACAACUUUAUUAAUUUGGACAUUCUGAAAUGGAUGAAACUGUAUUGUGUCCUUAAAAUUUUGUUUGUAACUUUCAUGUCAGAUUUUAAAAACCUCAGUACAAAACCAGCAGGAGCUGGGGUGAGGCUCGUAAGAUUAAAUAGAAGUAGAAAUAAAUGCCAUCAUCCUGAUAAUGGGAUAGGACUGAAGAAAAAAACAGAGAUCUUUAUGCUGUCUCUGUCAUAUUUAGAUUAAAUUUCACCAGCAAUUCAGACCUCCCAUUUUCUGAAAGUGUCUUUCAUACCCGUGUGAUGCUUCUUUUGCAGUGAUAUGUCAAGUGUAUCUCUUCUUUGCUGAUAAAUGAAUCUCAACAUUUUUAGAAGACAUCUUAAUUGUUCCUUUCAGAGAGUAAGAAUUUAAACCACAAAAAUUUGUGAACUUAUUUUCCUUGUACUCUACUGUUUUAUGUUAAAUUCUCUUGUAAAAUAAAUUUUUUUUCAAGUACAUAUAGUUUUUCCAUUGCACAGUGGUUCAACAUAAAAACUUGAAGAAGAAUGACUCCUCUUCUGCUUUUGCAGCAGCAUAAAAGCAUCUGGAACUCAUUACUUAAGGGAUGUUAAUGAGAAAAAAUAAAUGGUAUUAUUUUUUAAAGUUCUUAGGCUCAGAAUAUAAAGGAAAAGCCUGCCUCAACAGUGUCUUCAGUACAAAGAGUACAGUUCCUUUUCACAUCACCAUCUUUUCUGACCUCCCCCUUUGCAGGCAUACAGUGUCAAAACCUGAAUUACGGGACACUCAGCAAGUUCUUUCAAAUGCAGCAAGAGUUAGGAAAUCGUCCAGGAAGGCACUGAGACACCACAAUGACUUCUGAUGGAGUGACACUCACAGGCGUAGUUAUUACAAGAUCCCAUUCAUAACAGAGUUUCACUUCAUUUGACAGGUUUUUCUGCUAAGACCUGCAAAGCAAACCAGCUUGCUUUUAGCCUUUUCUAUUGUGUAAGGAGAAAAAUGCAGAGUUGGAUAAGACUCUUGCACAAAAUAUGCAGAAAUUAAAUACAUUGUAAGCCUCUUCAUAGCCUCGUCAUACUGUUCAAACUACAGGGCAAGCAAGACAUUACACACUUCUAAAAUAUCACUGAAUUUUUCUCCUUUCAAAACAAUCUACAUGCCUCUUUUUUAAUAUUGAGUACAGCAGUAGUUUGUUUUGUUUGCUACAGCUCUUAAAGUCUGCUUCAGCAGUAUUGAACAUUUCCCCUCACUACAACUUCACAACCCAUUAUGCAUGGUAUGAGAAAAUGAAUAGAAAAUAUAAAACAAACACCAAAAAAUGGCAGAGGUGGCAAUCUUGGCCCUUCAGGUGGCAGUCCUGGCCCUUCAUCAGGGUUUAUAAGGCUUUUUGUUGCUAAUCCAAGCAUUCUGACAUAGAGUGAGGCUCCAGAUUAAGAAGAAAGCUGAAGGUGGCACUGAAGAGAUACUGUCACCACAACUCAUCAGAGAGCGUAGGGAUUCUUCAUUCUUACUGUUUAGUAGGGUCAUUAAUGCGAUGUAAACAUUACCCUUAGAUUAAAAUCCUUCUGAAUCAUGUAAAAAGCACUGAAAGUGAACCAUAUAAUCAUUUCCAGAAUCAUGGAAUAAGAUGAUUGGAAAGGACACACAAAACUCAUUGAAUUCAACUCCUGCACAGCACCAUCCCCAAGUCACACCAUGUGCUGACGGCAUUGUCAAGCGCUUCUUGAGCUCUGUCAGGCUGGUGCUGUGACCACUGCCCUGGGGAGCCUAUUUCAGUGUCCAAACACCCUCUGGGGAAAGAAUCUCUUCCUAAUACCCAGCCCAAACCUCCCCUCACACAACUUCAGGCCAUUCCCUCCGGUCCUGUUGUCACCACAAAAAAGGGGUCAGUGCUGUCCCUGCUCUUCCCCUCACAAGGAAGUUGUAACUGCAGUGAGAUCUGUCCUCAGACUCCUCCAGGCUGAACAGACACAGUGACCUCAGCCACUCCUCACAUCGCUUCCCUUCAAGGCCUUUCACCAUCUUUGUAACCCUCCUUUGGACACUCUCUAGUAGUUUAACAUCUUUCUCAUACUGUGACACCCAAACCAGCCCCAGCACUGGAGGUGAGGCUGCCCCAGCUCAGAGCAGAGCAGGACAAUCCCUUCCUUGCCCGGCUGUGAUAUUGUGCCUGAUGCCCCCCAGGACAGGGUUGUCCCUCCUGGCUCCAGGGCUCAGGUUCACCUUGCCAUCAACCAGGACCCCCAGGUGCCUUUCCAUGGCACUGCUCUCCAGCAUCCCAUUCCCCAGCCCUAGUCCACACAUUCAGGGUUGCCCCAUCCCAGAGGCAGAAUCCAGCACUUUGCCCUGCUGGAUUUCACAUGGUUGGUGAUUGCCCAGACCACUGAUUUGCCAGGGUCUCUCUGCAGGACCUCCCUCCCCUCGAGGCAGUCACCAGCUCCUCCCAGUUUUGUAUCUCUGCAGACCGGCUCAGUAUCCCUUCCAGUCCUGUGUCCAGGUAAUUUAUGAAGAUGUUGAAGAGCAGAGGGCCGAGGAUGGAGCCCUGUGGAGCCCCAGCAGUGACAGGUGCCCAGUCUGAUUCCCUGUAACCCUUUGUGCCUGACCCUGAGCCAGCUGCUCCCAUCCCAUGAUGGGGUUACCCAGCUCUGGACUGGACAGUUUGUCCAGAAGGAUCCUGUGAGAGACAGUACUGAAAACUUUACUGGCUUCCCUUGGUCAACUGGGUGAGUUGCCUUGUCAUGAAAGGAAACCAGGUUGAUAGGCAGGACUUUCUUCUCAUGAAGUUGUGCUGGCUGUGACCAAUGACUGUGUUGUAUUUUAGGUGUUUUCCAGUACUCCCAGAAUAAACUUCUCCGUGACUUUA